GGGAAGUAGCCGUGGAAUGCGAGGAAACUAGAACUUUGGAGUGGACUGGGGAGUCUGUUAGAGCAAUUGCCAAAAAACUGGCAGUAACUAUGAAGUGGCAGAGAAUAGCAAUUUUCCAGGUUUGAAGUUUUACAAGGCAGGGUGAGAGGAAAAAGGUGUGAUGCCCAAGACUCUGCAGAGGAAGCAACGUGACUACGAAAACCCCUUGAAGCCAAAGUCUGGUUUAAGCAUCUCGAUCCCCUUGAGAAUGUCCAGUUACACUUUCAAGAGACCAGUUACUAGAAUCACCUCUCAUCCGGACAAUGAGGUCAGGUAUCACCAGUGGGAGGAAAGCUUAGAUAAGCCCCAACAGGUCUGCUUGCAUAAGAGACUGCAAGGACUCCAGGCCUCCAGCAGCGUGGGGGAACUUCUAAGUACUUUAGACCUUGCUAAAACUUUGCACACACUUGCACCUAGUUGCUGUACAAGUUCAUCCCUGUUAGAGACUCUGGCUGGCGGUGUGUGCUCCAGCUCUCUGCCCGUCCUUGCCCCGUCUACUCAUGUGGUGGAGAUGACUCCAGAAAUGGGUUUGGGUAUGCCCCAGCUCCUCGGCAAACAGUUUCUGGUCACAGAGGAAGAUAUUAAGAAACAGGAAAGAAAAGUGGAGACAGCAAGAGAAAGAUUGGCAACAGCGUUGAUCACACACAGACUGGCUAGUGAGUCAGAGAGAGCAAAGGAACCACAGAAGGUGUCCUGAUAAACACCAUGAAAAAGAAGAUACUGAAGAAGAAAUGGGACAUGAUCGUAUUUUAGCACCACUUUGCAGUGAUCAUAGCUUUCAUUUUUGCCUUUGAUCUCUUAGGACUGUAACAUACAUUAAUACUUCUGUUUAUUAAACUCCUGCUACAUUCUGA